CACGCGCGCGCGCGCGCGCCCCUCAGAGGCUGGCUCCCGGCAGGAGGCUCGGAAGCGUUCCCGGUGCGUGCCAAGCGGACGUGCGGGAGCGCGCGUUCAGGGCCUCUCGUCUGCCUUUUCGAGAUUCCCAAAGAUGUCAACUCAAGGACAUACUUGGGCCCGUCAGGUGAAGAAAGAGGGUGAGGAAGAGGACCCCCUGGACCUGCUGAUCUCCCGCUCUGGCUGUGCUGCUUCCCACUAUGCAGUGCAGGAGUGCAUGGCCCAGCACCAGGACUGGCGACAGUGCCAGCCACAGGUGCAGGCCUUCAAGGACUGCAUGAGUGAACAGCAGGCAAGACGGCGAGAGGAGCUGCAGAGGAGGAAGGAGCAAGACAGUACCCACAGCUGAGCCCCCAAACCAUCUAUCCCCAGAGCAUGGCCUGCAGAAACUAGCACCCAGACAAAUCCUAAACAGUGGAAGUGUGGGCCAAAAGGUAUAAAACUCCAGGAUAGCCUUUGGGAUUGGGGUUGAGAGCCAGGCAGCCAUGGGCUUGGACAUGACUGUCAUAAAGAAAGAGCUGUCAUAUUUUAUUUGUUUAAAAAUCUUUAUUUUUGAAAGUAUUACAGAUGUCUUCCUUUAUCCCCCAUUGAUCCCUUCUACCCUACUUCUCCCCUCCCACGCAACGUUCACUGCACCAUUGUCCAUAAAUUAUGCAUAUAAAUUCUUUGGUUAAUAUCUUC